AUGAGUAACGCAGAUCGUGUUCUUUGUUUUAUUGACCUUCAUCACAAUGUCUAUGUUAAUGUUUCAUCAUUUCUUAUGAAACAAAGAAAACUUGCAUUUACUGUAACGACGUUGGUUCUAUACCACGUCGAUGAGCAACUAAGUUUUGUCGAAAUGUCGGCCAUCAUAUGCAGACAAAAUGAAAGUCAAUUAGAAAAGUGCAGUUUUUAUAUUUUUCUCUUUUUUUUUUACUUGGCAUUAAUUAUUACACAAGAAAGAAAAAAUUAA